GUUUUUAGAGGUCACAACUAAAUAAACAACAACACAAAACAACAUGCCUCCCAAGAAACAUGAGGAACCUGAACGUAAACCCUUGAUUGGUCGUAUUGGCACCAAUCUUCGCAUUGGUAUUGUUGGUGUACCCAAUGUGGGCAAGUCAACAUUUUUCAAUGUCCUGACCAAGAGUGCUGCACCCGCGGAGAAUUUCCCUUUCUGUACCAUCGAUCCCAAUGAGAGUAGAGUUCCAGUACCCGAUGAAAGAUUUGACUUUUUGGUUAACUACCACAAGCCAGCCAGCAAAGUACCAGCUUUCUUGAACGUAGUCGAUAUUGCUGGUUUGGUUAAGGGAGCUGCCGAAGGCCAAGGUUUGGGCAACGCUUUCCUUUCUCACAUCAACGCUUGUGAUGCCAUAUUCCAUUUGUGUCGUGCUUUCGACGAUCCCGAUGUCACACACGUCGAAGGUGAAGUCGAUCCUGUGCGUGAUUUGGAUAUUAUUUGCGAAGAAUUGCGUUUGAAGGACGAAGAGAAAUUGUUACAGUAUAUUGAUAAGUUGGAGAAGGUUGUGGCCCGUGGUGCUGAUAAAAAACUAAAGCCUGAAUAUGAUUCUUUGUUGAAAAUCAAGGGUAUUUUGGUGGAUGAGAAAAAGCAUUUAAGAUUUGCUGACUGGAAUACUCAUGAUAUUGAAAUCUUAAACAAAUACUUGUUUUUGACCUCUAAACCUUGCAUUUACUUGGUGAAUUUGUCUGACAAAGAUUUCAUACGCAAGAAGAACAAAUGGUUGCCCAAGAUUAAGGAAUGGGUUGAUAAACAUGAUCCCGGUGCCACCAUUAUUCCCUUCUCGGGUGCCUUUGAGCAAACUUUAUCGGAGAAAGACGAUCUGGAACAGAAGGCCUAUGAAGAGGAAACCAAGUGCAAAUCACAAUUAGACAAAAUCAUUGUGACCGGCUACAAAGCUUUGCAAUUGGAAUACUUCUUUACCGCCGGUGCUGAUGAAGUUAAGGCCUGGACCAUCCAGAAGGGUACCAAAGCUCCCCAGGCUGCUGGUCGUAUUCACACCGAUUUCGAAAAGGGUUUCAUUAUGGCUGAAAUCAUGCAUUUCAAGGACUUUAAGGAGGAGGGUUCAGAAGCAGCCUGCAAGGCUGCUGGUAAAUACCGCCAACAGGGUCGUAACCAUGUUGUGGAAGAUGGUGAUAUUAUAUUCUUUAAAUUUAACGCAGGCGCUGGUCUUAAGGAUCCCAAGAAGAAAUGAUAUCGCAUUGCUAUGAUUUUAUUCACCAUGUUUUAUAUUAAUUUGAUUUUUUACACGCAAAGCUUUUUUAGUAGAAAUAUUACAUAAACUCCAAGCACCACACAAAACUCUCAUAUUCUCUCAUCUCUAAGUAUGUGAAAGUUAAUAUUUAAAACAAAAAAACGCUAAAAGAGUUUCAUAAAAUUUGCUAUGAUGUAUUUGUGACCAAUAAAGAAAGAAGGACAAACAAA